CACUGAAUAUAUACGUUGUGUGUUAGUUUUAUAUAUGUUCCGAAAUAUACAAAGCUAAGGUACGUGGGUGUCUUCUUCUCCCAUCUUCAUAUCCUGACGAAGUCAGUGAAUCCCCCAUCAAUCUCAAAUGUUCAGUGGCAGCUCUGAGCUUCCCCAAAGCUCCCUUCAAAUCAAGCAGGACGACAAGUUCUUCUCCAGGCUUUUAUCCAAAGAAAGCUCCCGGGCAAACCCUUCUCUCAGAGUGUAUUAUGGAGGAGCAUCCGGUGCUGUUCCAUUCAUGUGGGAAUCUCAGCCUGGUACGCCUAAACAUGCAUUUUCUGACACCGUCCUUCCCCCUCUUACUCCACCUCCCGCCUAUCAUUGCACUUCCAAGAAGAAACCCAUCAAGAACAACUCAAGAUCCAAUCUUUUACAUGCCUUAUUCCUAAAAAUCAGUCCUCAAAAAUCGAUCAAUGUGUCACCUUACCCAUCUCCAUCAUCAUCCUCAUCGUCACUGUCAUCAUCAAGGUUUGCUCCAAUCAGUACCCCUACCAAGUACCAUGGAAGGAGGCGAGUUUUUAGCCAGAGCAGCUCAUCCUUCGAAUCCAGGGAAGAUGAUGAAGGACAGACCGUCGGAUCACCAACUUCAACAUUGUGUUUCAGGGGUAUUGGGCGUCGAAGCUGCUACCGGUUUUGAGAAUAAAGAAAAAGCCUUUUUCGUAAAAGUUGGGAAAUGGAUCUAGCUAGGUACGACUGCCUAUAGAUUUCCCAUAUGUUUUUCAUGAUUAAGCUUUAGGCUGUCUAAGUUGUUCUGUUGUAGUAACUUGCAGUAGUACUUACGAUCGAUAUGAAGCAAACUUUCUGAAAUGUAUGAUGGUGAAGUUUGUUUAUACAAAAGAAAUAAGGAGUUGGCUUUCAA